AUGGAAGAGAAGACGAUCCCUACUGAUCUCAUAAUCGAUAUACUGUCUAAACUGCCGAUGAAGUCCUUAGCUAGAUGUCGUUGCGUAUCGAAGCUCUGGGCCUCAAUAGUUGAUCUUCCCUGUACAACAGAGUUAUUCACCACCCGAGCUUCAGCUCACCCGCAGCUAUUGUUCGUCUACAGACAAAAAUACAAGCUUGUAUUCCUUUCGUUACCUCAGCCUCAGAAUCUUGAUAAGAACUCGCCUCCUCAGAAUCUUGAUAAGAACUCGCCUCCUGUAGCUGUCAAGCAUCUAUCGUGUAUCCCCUUUCGUGGUUCUUCUUGUUACGUUAGUGGUCAUGUCCAAGGCUUGGUAUCUCUUAGAGUUAUACAUAAGCGGAUGUCACUACAGAUAAUAUGUAACCCUAGCACAGGACAAGCUUUAACCUUACCGAAAAUAAAGAGUAGCAGCUUUAUAUUUAGGGUGAGAAGCAUUCUGGGGUAUGAUCCCAUUGAUAAUCAAUUCAAGGUAUUGUCCUUAUCAGGGUACUCAAAAAUAACUCCUCUUGAUCAGCAGCAUCAAGUUCUGACAUUGGGAACUCAAGAACUUAAAUGGAGAACGAUCAAGUGUUCCACACCCCAGCAUUCUUUCAAACACGGGAUAUGCAUCAACGGUGUUUUGUAUUGUCCAGUUCGUGCACCAGGAAGAAAUCAUAUGAUAGGUUGUUUUCACGUUAGGUCUGAGAAGUUCACUUUUAUUAAAGUGAAAACAACUUUUAUCAAAGCAGUCUUUCAUGGCACUCUGAUAAACUACAAUGGCAAAUUAGGUUCACUUGUAUCUGGUGGGUCUCGCUUCGCUGAUGGAGCAAGUAGAAGUUUUCAGUUGCUUGUUAUAGGAGAUUUUGAAAAGCAGGAGUGGUCCACGCAUAAUUACGUGUUACCUCGUCUUUGGAAGAACUUAGUUGGAAGAGCCGUGCUACGGUUAGUUGGAUUUGUUGGUACCAAUGAAAUUGUCUUCUCGCACCCUUCCCAGGUUAUCUACUACAAUAUCGAGAAACGUACUAUCCUAAAAGUUGCUAUCCAAGGGGCAGAAGCGCCUCAGUAUAAUUUUGUCAUCACCUUUCUAAACCAUAUGGAGGAUCUCAAAUUUACGCAUGCGUUUAAGUAA